AUGUUGCCGUCUGGUGGGACGGGCGAAUAUCAACAAGAUGAUUCAUCAAAGUCAACAACUGAGCAAACACGUAGUCCCUAUCAUCAUGAUCUUUCUACGCAGUAUCAACAACAACCACAACAACAACGCCUUUUGGACGAUGAGCCGAUGCCAACGUUUAUGACUGCAACACAAGAUGAUGGUAGUAGCAUACACCAUCAUCAGUAUUUGAUAGACACGGCUACUCAACAACAGCAACAGCAGCAACAGCAACCUUUUUACCCGUACUAUUUGGGGGAGAAUGUUGACGAUGGAGUGAUUACUGGAUCUUCAGUUCCGAUCUUUUUGCCAGGACGACAUGAACAAGAACAAUAUGAUCCUACGUUGACACCUCUUCCAGGUCCCUCGAGAGCAUCCUCAUCAUUGGCAGCAAGCGAACAACAACAACAACACCAUAUGUGGCAGCAACAAGUAGCAGCCAUCGAACAAGCAGCAGCUAUGGAACAACAACAGCAGCAACAGCAACAACAGCAACAAGAAGCAGCAAUGGUAGCGCAGGCCGCCGCCGCUGUUGCUUUGGAAGAUUUUGAAUACGUAAAAGAACAACAACAAUGUCAAGAACAAGCUUUAUUUGGUCGACUGGUUUCGAUGGCAAGGGCACCAGGAAGUAGUAAUUCUUCUUGCAUUGCAACACAAAAUGAUGAUCCAUGGUCACCAGGGCUACAUUCAUUGCCGUAUGCACAAGCAUGGACAACUACAACAACAGCUACUACUACUACAACACCUACACCAACGCCUGCAACAACACCUUCAGCCAUGAUGGACGAUCAUCAAAACGAGUCUUUGCAUUCAAGACAAGAGCCCAUCAUCUCAUCUGACCAAUUACAGAAUGCUCAAUUUGAAUUAAAAGUGGUGCAGCAACCUUCUAGAGCGCGAAUGUGCGGAUUUGGUGACAAGGAUCGCCGACCCAUAUCACCGCCUCCCAUUGUACAAUUAAUUGUGCGUACUUUGGAUGGUACCCUGAUUCCAGCUCGUGAUAUUGAUACCUCUUUUUUGGUGGUGUUUUGUGAUUGUUGGCAACAAGACAUGGCUAAACCUGCCAACAUGGUCUAUUCCGCAUCAUCAUCGUCAUCAUCAUCAACGGCGGCUACAUCAAGUCAUGCUUCUUCUUCCGUUGCUAUGCGUAACCUUGUGGGUGCCUGUGUUGCCACGGGAGCUAAACUCUAUAAUGUGGAUGGCGAGUUUGGCAUUUUUUAUGUAUUCCAUGACCUCAGUUUACGAUCUGAAGGCAAAUUUCGUCUUUUAUUUUCUUUGUUGAACAUUGGAACUUCAUUGAUACACUCCUCUAAUACUACUACAACAACACCAAGCACUACUACUAUUAGCAGCAACACUGCAGCAGCAGCAGCAGCAGCGGCAUCAUCACCUUCAUUACCAUCAUCACCCAAGCAGCAUACUGUAAAUACUCAAAGCAUCAGCAAUGUCGUGACAACCGCCUUUUCGGAUGUGUUUAUAGCUUAUACAGCAAAGGCAUUUCCAGGUGUUGUUUCACCCACCGCAUUGUCCCAGUGCUUUGCAAAACAAGGCGUCAAGAUACCAAUUCGAAGCGAUACAAAACCACGAGGCACUAGUAGGAAACGGAAUUCAUCUACGACGACGACUACUACUACUAGCAUAGCAGAUCCAUUUCAUUCACAAGAUAGUCAAACUCCCAAUUGA